UGUUUUUAGAUCUGCUCCUGUGCAGACCUGCAGAGUCUGUUCUGAAAGACUCAUGGGUUAGCAAUGAUUCACAGUUGACAGUUAAUUUUCCAUGUCAGAUCUGGACAGUCUGAGGAAAACCACGUAGUGCAGAGAAGCGCUCCGUUUUCCUCACCGGGCUCCCGGCAGGAGAACUUUCCCCGACAGGAGUCGUGCGGCUGCUUCAGCUGACAUGCGGCCGCUACUGUAGCUCUCUCUCUGCUGUACAGUGUGUCUGCAUUGCGUCGAAUCCUCCCCCCCUCCUCUCCCUGUUUUCUCUCGCUCUCUCCGUCCCUGAUUCACUCACUCCUCUUCCCUCUCCUCAUGAAAUUCUGCAAUAUGCUUCCAAAUUAACGGACACGUAUCUGGUCUUCGCAGCGGGAUCCUCUACCUCCUUUUCCCUCCUCUCCUCCUCUGAUUUUUCCAAACGUUUUUUUUUUCUUCAUGCAGCAAAGUCCAGUCGUUCCCAUCAGAAUGCUGCACCGACUGACGCUGAAAACUAACACCAAGAGGAUACGGAUGUUGACCAAGACAACAUAGUCUAUUAAUAUUUCAGAGACACUGUAAAGAGAUAUCUGCUGGUAUUAAAGCCAAAGUUGAGGUGGGCGGCUGGUGAGGACGAUCAGUUCCAUCUGCAAACUCAGGUGUCAGACGAGGCACUGCUGAGGGAACGUUCAGUUCAGAGAUGAUGGCAAUGGUGAGGAUGAUGAUGGUGAUAGGGAGGGAGGCUCUGCGCAUCUCCUGGCAUCUGUAGGAGCGUCUCCACUCCAACCUGCCCCCACCACCUACACACCGCUUCCCCUUCCUGCCCAUCACCCGACAGGAAGGAUGACUGUGGUGUCCACAGAAAACAUGGACGAUACCUCCACCCUGCCGGGUCACCCACAGGACCCCUACCCGCUCGACGACGACCACAAUGACCAUGACUGUUGUGAGCGGGUCGUUAUUAACAUCUCUGGGCUGCGUUUUGAGACCCAGCUGAAGACCCUUGCCCAGUUCCCAGAAACACUGCUAGGGAACCCCAAGAAAAGAAUGCGCUACUUUGACCCCUUAAGAAACGAGUAUUUCUUUGACCGGAACCGUCCCAGCUUUGACGCCAUCUUGUACUAUUACCAGUCCGGAGGACGACUGAGGAGGCCAGUCAACGUCCCUCUGGACAUGUUCUCAGAGGAGAUAAAGUUUUACGAACUCGGUGCAGAAGCUAUGGAGAAAUUUAGGGAGGAUGAGGGAUUUAUCCGGGAAGAAGAGCGGCCUUUGCCAGAAAAGGAGUUCCAGCGGCAGAUUUGGCUCCUCUUUGAGCAUCCGGAGAGCUCUGGGCCAGCCAGGGGGAUUGCCAUCGUCUCAGUUAUGGUCAUUCUUAUUUCAAUUGUCAUAUUUUGCUUGGAGACUUUACCGGAGCUAAAGGAGGACCCUAAUGACCGCAUUCACCAGGUGGGCAACACCACCAUGUAUUACAAGGCAAACGUUCUAACAGACCCUUUCUUUGUGGUGGAGACGCUCUGCAUCAUCUGGUUUUCCUUUGAACUAAUAGUCCGUUUCUUUGCUUGCCCCAGCAAAGCAGCAUUCUUUAAGAACAUGAUGAACACUAUUGAUAUUGUGGCUAUAAUCCCAUACUUUAUCACUCUUGGCACAGAGCUAGCUGAUGACCAAGAGAACAAGGAGGGUAGGGGAGGAGGGGAACAGGCCACUUCUCUAGCCAUUCUCAGGGUGAUUCGUCUUGUGAGGGUAUUCCGGAUAUUCAAACUCUCCCGACACUCCAAAGGGCUCCAGAUUCUGGGGCAAACUCUCAAAGCAAGCAUGAGGGAGCUGGGGUUGCUCAUUUUCUUCCUCUUCAUUGGUGUGAUUUUAUUUUCCAGUGCAGUUUACUUUGCUGAAGCUGAGGAAAAGGAGUCGUUCUUCACCAGCAUCCCAGAUGCUUUUUGGUGGGCUGUGGUGUCGAUGACAACCGUUGGCUAUGGGGACAUGUACCCUGUGACCAUUGGAGGGAAAAUUGUUGGAUCUCUUUGCGCCAUUGCUGGUGUGUUGACCAUUGCACUGCCUGUGCCAGUCAUUGUGUCCAACUUCAACUACUUCUACCACCGGGAGACGGAAGGGGAGGAGCAAGCACAGCUGCUCAACAUCAGCAACCAGAACUUGGCAUCAGAAACCAACUCAAGCCGCCGCACUUCCUCUGUUGUCAGCAAGUCGGAGUACAUGGAGAUAGAUGAGGACUUGAACAACAGCAUUGAUAACUUUAGGGAAGCAAACCUUAGGACUGCCAACUGCACUGCCCCCAGCCAGAACUGUGUUAACAGGGGGAAGCUGCUCACCGACGUGUGAGACAGUACCUGACACACUGCUGUACAUAUUGUAGAAAUCUCUGGAUGCUUUAACUAUAGGUGCAUUUUAAUCUUUUUUUAAACAUUAUUCUUUUAAAAUAGACUUUAAUACAUUCAUGAUGAGGCAAAACUGAGCAGAUCUUGGCAAAAAACUUGUGUUUUAAAUUUGUAUUCAUUCCAAAAAUAUACCAUGGCCUUCACAGGCAAUUUUGCAUAUCAAAUUCAAUUAUGUGUGACCAGGGACAGGAUUCAGAUGUAAGACACCAUCCCGGACAAGUCCCCAAUAAUUUUACCUGGGUCCUAGGGUUAAAAAACUAUAUAUAUAUAUAUAUAUACUUUAGCAAAUUAAUUUUCAGAUUUAAUCUUAAAAAAAGGGGUUACUCCAUCAAUUUAAAAUGUUUGAUUUGUUUGGCUCAAGGGCAGCUUUUAGGUACAUAAGAUUACUGCUAGGUACACCAGACAGUACCCAAUUAAUAAAACUAAUUUAGAUACAUAAAUACAUACUUCUUUUUGUAAGCCUUUAAACUGUGUGACAUUAUUUGUUUAAAAAAAAGGCGUUAGACAACACAUUUCAAAAGUGGCGCUCAAGAGUCCUCUUCCAGAGGUGUGCUUUCUCUCAAUUUUAUUCACACAAAACAAACCCCCAAAAAAGUCAUGACCUGGCUUCUAUGCUGCCAAUUUAUUCCUUAUGCCCUUUUCUAUCUGUGGGCAUUGUACCAGGUACUGACAUUCUAUUUUGUAUUCUACAGAAGCCCCCCCAAGUUUAAUUUUAUAGCUAGGCCUUUUCAUAUCAAUAGCUGUGGGGGGGGUUGGGUUUGGUUUUUUUUUACUGUAUUGGUUGUUUUACUUGAUCUAUACUAACUGAUUAAAUUUAAACCAGAGACUAGAUUUCACAUUUUGGAAAAGACUCAAUAUAACUAAUAUGAUCACUGUCUUAAUAUUCUUCCAUUUAAUUUUUAAUUAUGCUUAAAAAGUUAGUGGGGUGUCAACUGCCAAUUUCAGAUAUCCAACUUUCUUCCUUUUAGAUCAUUUAGAUCAUCUUACAUGUGACAGGUCCUAUUCUUUAUCUUAAUCAAGCCUUUAGUUACUAAACAACCAGAUUUUUCAGGACAGUCAUGAAUUGACAGAUUUAAUAAGAAAUGUAUUAGUCUAUAAUAAUAUGUUAGUCCAACAUAUUAUUUAUUUUUAUCUCCAAAAUCAAUUGAGACUCAGACAAGAGCACUGAGAGUAAAAUGAUUAUGAAUUUUAAUCCUGGACAAGACCCCAAAUAACACAAAUAUUCCUAAUACAACCUAACUACUCUAUUUACAAGUCUAAACUGUAACUUAUUUUCAUUGAAACAAACAGAUGUAUCUUAUAAUUAAAGGGAUUGCACUGCAAUUGUUUUUGUCUCAAGGCUUGUUUCAGGUGUAGGUCCUAUUUUUGUAUGCCAAGCUGCCAUUUUACAACCUAGUUCCAAAAUUUUACGAUAUUCAUAUGAAUAUACAUUCUACAAAAUCAUCCCAUGAAUGGUAAGAGCUAUAUAUAUAUAUAACAUCAAACUUAAUGGGUUACUUAAUAUAUCUGAUCCUGAAAUAAGCUUUAGGAGCAAAGUGGUUCCUUGUUUUGUACUCCAGACCCAAACUA